AUGGCGGCGCGGGGCCGGUGCCCCGAGUGCGGCUCGGGCUCGCUGGUGGAGGACGCGCACUACGCGCAGCAGCAGCUGGUGUGUGCCGCCUGCGGCUGCGUCCUCUCCGAGGGGCUCCUCACCACCACCUACACCGACGAGGAGCAUCUGAGGGAGGUCGCCUAUUCCCAGAGCACGGGGCAGAAGGAACAGCUGAGCCGCUGCCUGCAGCGAGGCAUCCGGCGGGUGCAGGACCUCUGCAAGGUGCUCAAGCUGCCAGCAGCCUUUGAGGAAACGGCUGUGUCCUACUUCCAGAGGGCUCUGGAGCUGCCUGCCUUCCACCUGGUCAGCCUGGAGAAGAAGGAGCUGCUGGGGGGGUGCUGUGUGCUGGUGACGUGCCGGCAGCGCCGCUGGCCGCUGACCAUGGGCACCGUGUGCUCCCUGCUCUACGCCAAGCAGGAGCUCUUUGCCAGCGUCUUCCUGAGCCUGCAGAGGGAGCUGGGGCUCUCUGUGCCCGCCCUGAGCCUGGCAGACCUGGUGACAACACACCUGAGCAGCUUCCGGCUGGUGCAGCCCAGUGCCAACAUCCCUGGGCCCUUCCUGGAGGACAAGGAGCAGCUGGUGGCCCGGACCAUGGCCAUUGUGGAGCUGGCCAGUGCCACGUGGCUGGUGACCGGGCGGCACCCGGUGCCCGUGGUCACGGCCGCAGCGUUCCUGGCCUGGCAGUCCCUGCGGCCCGGCCCGCGCCUCUCGUGCCCCCUGGCACGGUUCUGCCGCCUGGCAGGGGUGGAGCUGCCCCCUCCAGCCCAGCUGAGGCUGAAGGAGCUGCUGGAGAUCCUGCUGGCGAUGGCCUCCCAGCUCUCCUGGCUGCGCGGCUUCCGCCUGGACAAGAAGACGGUGGUGAAGCACAUCGGGGAGCUGCUGCAGCACCGACUGCUCCUGCUGAAACGUGCCUUCAGCCAGCAGGACGGGCUGGAGCAGCAGGGCACGGGCCUGGGCAUGGGCUCUGAGAGCCAGGGGUGCCAGGGCUGUGUGAGCCAGGGCUCUGAGAGCCAGGAGUGCCAGGGCUCUGUGAGCCAGGAGUGCCAGGGCUCUGUGAGCCAGGGCUCUGAGAGCCAGGAGUGCCAGGGCUCUGUGAGCCAGGGGUGCCAGGGCUCUGUGAGCCAGGGCUCUGAGAGCCAGGAGUGCCAGGGCUCUGUGAGCCAGGGCUCUGAGAGCCAGGAGUGCCAGGGCUCUGAGAGCCAGGGGUGCCAGGGCUCUGUGAGCCAGGGCUCUGAGAGCCAGGAGUGCCAGGGCUCUGUGAGCCAGGGCUCUGAGAGCCAGGGGUGCCAGGGCUCUGUGAGCCAGGGCUCUGAGAGCCAGGAGUGCCAGGGCUCUGUGAGCCAGGGGUGCCAGGGCUCUGUGAGCCAGGGCUCUGUGAGCCAGGGGUGCCAGGGCUCUCUGAACCAGGGCUGUCAGGAUAAGGACUCUGUGAAUAAGGACUCCCCAGGCCAAGGCUCUGUGAGCCAGGGUUCUUUGAGCCAGGGGUGCCAGGAUUCUGUGAGCCUGGGCUCCCUGGAUAAGGACUCUGUGAAUAAGAAUCCCCCCAGCCAGGGCUGCCCAGCCCAGGGCUCUGUGGGCCCAGGCUCCCUGGGUAAGGACUCUGUGAAUAACAACUCCCCAGCCCAGGCUCCCCCCAGCUCUCCUGCAGUGCCACAGCAGCAGGGCAGUCCCUGGGCAGGGCAGCAGCAGCAGAGGGGCACCCUGAGGCCCCUGCUGCCCCCCUGCCUCCUCCAGCCCAGGAAGAGGCUGCGGGCGGCGGCUCCGAGCGCUGCGGGCGCGGCCGUGACGGGCGAUGAGCCCAUCUCAGACAGCGAGAUCGAGCAGUACCUGAGGAGCCCCGAGGAGAUCAGAGCCUUCAGGAGGGCCAAGGCCUGGUCCUGAAGGUGUCCCUGGCCCAGAGGGACAAUUUGGGGACCAGAAAUGUGAAGCCCACCGGGGACAGAGCGAUUGUGCUGCUGGGACGGUCGCCCAGGGAAUGGGGCAUUUUAUGGAGUGACUGCUUCAGGUUAUUUUACAUUUCUGUUGUAAGUAAAUAAAAGCACAAAAGGUGCCAGGUUU